AACUGGAUUUGAAGACUUUGAAGAUGUGGAUGCGUGUGAAAAAGACAAAAAUGAAUUAAUGAAUGCAAAUAGUAAAAUUGUUAGAAUGCUAAAUAAAUGCAAGAUCAUCUACGUUAACAAUCCUCCUGAAAGCAAAAGGAGAUUAGAAGAUAAUAAAAGAGAUAGAGAGAGCUCUCGAAGAAUAAUAAUGACACAUUUAGAGUCCUGUCAAGGAAAUUAUAAAAUGGAGAAUUGGGAUAAUGUAUGUGUUAGAAUCAACGAUUUAAUGAAUGCCAAAAGAUGGGGAGAAAAGAAUAAAUAUAAAAACCACAUAAAUACACGUAAACUAGAUAAAAUGAUCGCUUCUGAAGUGGACAAACAAAUAGGGGAACAAUUGAAUGAAUCAAUAAGGCAGAUCAUGCAACCAGAAGGGGUAGAAGGGGAAUUUAUAGCGAGUGUAAAUAAUCCCAUUUGGGGUGAUGCAAAA